GUCAUCACAAAAUGAACAGUCUCAUUUUACUGACCAUGCUGUGGCUCAUUCCCUCUGGAGCCCUCUGUCACCGCUAUAAACCCUGGAGCUCCUCUGGCAGUGAUGAGAGGAUCUAUAGGCCCUAUUUUCCUGGAGGUCACUACUAUGUGAGGCCUGGACCUCUGUUUCCCUUUCUAUGGUCUCUCCUGCCUCGUCCAGUCCCGGCCCCAGCCCCGGCCCCGGCUCCGGCACCAGCCCCGGCUCCUUCCCCCGCCCUGACUCCUGCCCCAGCAGCCACAGCCUCAACCAGACCCCCAGUCAUCAGCACAACUGUCCGAGGAGAUGGUUGA